AUGGAAUGGCUAAAAGGAUUAGCGGGACGAGUGCGUAAGGAGCAAGUAGACCAGGAUGAAGCUCCUGAAGCUCCGCCAGAGGUUGAGAUUGUACAGCCGCUGCUGGAAACGGCACAGGAACAUCGCGAACGAUGGCGCAGUGUCUAUAUUAUAUAUUUCACAAUGUUCCAGAUGUCACUCGGGUUCAGCAUAGUGUUGACGGGAGUGUGGCCAUACCUGGAUAAGUUAGAACCUGGGUCAAAGAAAGAGAUCCUGGGAGUUGCAGUAGGCGCAAAUCCUUUGGGCCAGUUGCUAUUUUCUCCACUAUUGGGAUUGUGGGCAAAUCGUGCAGGGUCGGUGCGCGUACCACUUCUCACCACGUUGGCGCUGUUCGUAGUCGCUAGCACGCUGUAUGCUCAAUUACACCUCACGCGACCCUACGCAAAAUACUGGAUGGUGUUCGCGAGGUUUCUUGUUGGUGUUAGCUCUGCUAACGUUGCAGUGGCCCGUUCCUACUUAUCAUCAGCAACGUUAGUCUCAGAACGUACUCGCGCCGUAGCCAUCGUGUCCCUGGCACAGGUGCUGGGCUUCGUUGUAGGUCCCGCGCUGCAGGCUGCCGCCGCUCCUCUGGGCCCAGGACCGCCGUACCCUCCUCCAGGAGAUUACUCAGUACCCCUCCGGUUAGAUAUGUAUACAGCAGCUGGAUGGAUCAAUGCGGUACUUGGCUUUGUGAACUUUCUUCUCUUUCUUCCCUGGUGUUUCAAAGAGAGGAAGAUUGCCGCAAGAGAGGCUAUGAUUGCACAAGGAACUGAUUCCGAGAAAGAAGCCUUGAAGGCGUUAAAACCAGACAAGGUGAGCAGUUGGACUCUAGUGCUGGCAUUCUUCGUGCUGGUAUUUAACUUCGUACUGCUGGAGACAUUGGCCACGUCACUGACCAUGGACCAGUUUGCGUGGAGCAAGCGUCAGGCGUUGGAAUACAUGGGAGCAUUAAUGAGCGUUGGAGCAGUCGUCGCCUGUAUUACAUUCGCUACGAUUGGACCACUCACGAAGAUAUUUGAAGAACGCGCUUUACUUCUAUGGGGUGGGUUCCUGUUAACUGGUAUGGCAUCAAUACUCUGCAUUCCUUGGGGUCCAGGACCUCCUCCACUCGCUCCAGCUAACGCCACUGAAGCGGGAGGUGGAUGUCCUCAGGAAACACAGCCGUGGUGUGCGGAAUCGAGAGGAAUCAACGUGCCGCAGUUCCUGGCGGGUUAUAUCUGUAUCUCUGUUGGUUACUCCCUCGGAGUUACACUUAUACAGACUAUUUUCUCCAAAGUCCUCGGGCCACGUCCUCAGGGUGUAUGGAUGGGCAUACUGACGGGGGCGGGCUGUUUGUCCCGCGCGCUGGGCCCGAUCUUCGUGUCGUCGGUGUACGCGCGUCGCGGGCCCGACGCCACGUUCGGCAGCACGGCGGCGCUGACACUGGCGGCGCUGGUGGCGCUGCGCGUGGUGUACGGCCGCCUGCGGCCCCCGCCCCUCGCGCCCACCUCGCCUCGCGCCCUGCCGCACGAGCUGCGCGAGCUCAACGCCGCGGACAAGCGCGGCGAGCCCACGUGA